AUGAAGUUCUCCCACAGCAUACAGUUUAAUGCUGUUCCGGACUGGAGCAGUCAUUACAUUGCCUACAGCAAUCUCAAGAAGCUGAUAUACCAGCUCGAGAAGACCGUCCACCAAACAUCGUCAGGAGACGCCGAAUCGAGACCCCUUAUCCGAAACGAAGACCCCGAAGAAGUUUUCAGCCGUGCGCUUGGCGUCGAGUUGGAGAAGAUCUGCUCUUUUUACGUUUCCAAGGAGGGCGAGCUUCUCGACGAGGUCAACCAGUUGCUUGGAGACGUCGGCAACCAUUCCUCCGAGGACGACGAAAAUGAUGGGGAGCCGAGACGGUCUUUUGGCAGCGCGUCCCGUCCCGGGUUGUCGGUGCCCAACGGCAGACGGACCUCUGUCUCGGUCGAUGGCAACAUUGAAGACAGCGACGAUGACGACGACGACGACGAAACAACAGGACUGACGAAAAGUCGAUCCAGUCUUGGCGGUGGUAGACGCAAGACGGUCCCGAACCUCGGGCAGUCGACAACAGACAUGACGGCGUCGACCGAGUUAACGCUGGGAAGGUCGUUGCGGCGGUACAGCACCGCGCAGGACGAUAUGCCCGAUCAGACAUUUCUGUACUCCUCGGGUAUCAUGUUGAAGAAGCGGAUCAUUAGCCUCUAUGUCUCGCUCUGCGAGCUCAAGUCAUAUGUACAGCUGAACAGGACCGGCUUCAGGAAGGUUUUGAAGAAGUUCGACAAGAUCUUGGACAAGGAACUGCGAGUCAAGUACAUGAGCGCCAACAUUGACUCUGCGUACCCCUUCAAGGUGGAGAACAUCAAGACCAUCGAAGAGAACAUCUCCAAGAUGGAAAAGGCGUAUGCCGAGAUUGUCACGAAUGGUGACGAGGGACUUGCCAAACGCGAUCUCAGGUCUCACCUCCGGGAGCAUGUCGUCUGGGAACGCAACACUGUCUGGCGAGACAUGAUCGGAAUGGAGCGCCGCGCGGAGGCUGCCAGCCUGGGAAGAACGCUUCUGGGUAGAGAUGGCGCGACCGGUUUGAGGCGACUUCAGGGUGACGAUGAGCUUGCCCCAGUAACCAAGGAGGUCGUGACCCCCGUUGGCCGUUUCGUCGUGCCAACAUGGGUCGCUAGCACACCGCUGCUUACCCUUCUGAUCUCUGUUGUCGUCUUCUUCCUGCUCAUUUUCCUGCCCAUCAUGGAGAAACCCGAGCAACAGAACUGCCUAGCUUUGCUGGUGUUUGUCAGCAUCCUGUGGGCUACCGAGGCCAUCCCGUUGUUCGUCACGUCACUUAUGAUACCCUUCCUAUGUGUUGUCUUGACUGUUGUCCGGUCCGAUGACAAGCCUCACAGGAGACUUGACGCAAAGGCCACCACGGCCUACAUCUUCUCGGCCAUGUGGACGCCUGUCAUUAUGCUUCUGCUGGGCGGCUUCACGCUUGCGGCUGCCCUGUCAAAGUGCAAGAUCGACAAGCGUCUUGCGACCUUCGUGCUUAGCAAAGCAGGCACCACUCCACGCACCGUCCUCAUUGCCAACAUGCUUGUCGCUGCCUUUGCCAGUAUGCUGAUCAGCAACGUCGCCGCACCAGUACUUUGCUUCUCCAUUAUCGAGCCAAUGCUGCGAACGCUACCUUCUGAGUCCAACAUGUCCAAGGCCGUCAUCAUGGGCAUCGCGCUUGCCUCUAACAUUGGCGGCAUGCUGUCGCCCAUUGCUUCGCCCCAGAACGUUGUCGCCAUCGGCAUCAUGAAGCCGGCGCCCACCUGGAUUCAGUGGUUCUUUAUUGUCAUUCCCGUUGGCAUUGUCUCGCUGCUUCUCAUUUGGGUUUUGCUGUUGAUCACCUUCCAACCGAGCAAGGGGACUACCAUCUCCCCGAUCCGUCCUGUCAAGGAGAAGUUCACCGGCAUUCAGUGGUUUGUUUCCAUUGUCACGCUCGUUACGAUUGGACUGUGGUGCGCAAGCCAUCAGAUGGAGUCCAUAUUUGGCGACAUGGGUGUCAUCGCUAUCAUUCCCAUAGUACUCUUCUUCGGUAUCGGUAUCUUGACCAAAGAAGACUUCAACAACUUCCCAUGGACCAUCAUCAUCCUUGCUGCUGGAGGUUUGUCAUUGGGCAAAGCUGUCAAGUCAUCUGGUCUCCUGCAUACCGUUGCUGGCAUCGUUACCAAGGAGGUCGAGGGGAUGAGCCUUUACGUUGUUCUCGUUGUCUUCUCGGCACUCAUCCUCGUCAUCGCCACUUUCAUCAGCCACACUGUCGCGGCUCUCAUCAUCCUUCCGUUGGUAUUUGACGUAGGUAUCAGCAUGGACGAACCUCAUCCCAACCUAUUGGUCAUGGGCGGAGUCCUGAUGUGCAGUGCUGCUAUGGGUCUGCCCACCAGCGGUUUCCCCAACAUGACUGCCAUCAUGAAGGAGGACCCAACGGGCCAGAGGUAUCUCAGAGUGAAGCACUUCAUCAGUCGAGGUGUGCCCAGCAGUAUCAUCACCCUGGUUGUUGUGGUCACCAUGGGUUACGGCUUGAUGAGGGUAGCUGGGCUAGACUAA